UUCAGACUCUCAUGGUCUUCAGAUGGUUUCGCUCGAGCACAAAGUGAAUCGGCGAGAGAUUCACGCGCGCGUGUGUUCGUGAUUUGAAUGUAACACGUGCUCGAUACUUUCACGCCGAUAGUGUUUGAUGUCGCCGCUCGGUCGGGUGGGUUCGGUUCGGGUCGUAAUGCAGCCUUCAUCGUCUUCAUCAUCAUCAGGGUUGUUGUUGUUUCUUCUUCUGUCAAGUUUUUCUCUUGUUUUGGCCUGUAAUAAAGCUCUGUGCGCCAGUGACGUCAGCAAGUGUCUCAUUCAGGAGUUGUGUCAGUGCCGGCCGACGGAUGGGAACUGUUCGUGCUGUAAGGAGUGUCUGAUGUGUUUGGGUUCUCUAUGGGAGGAGUGCUGUGACUGUGUGGGCAUGUGCAACCCGAAGAACUUCAGCGACACGCCGGCGACGGCCAAGAGUACGGUGGAGGAGCUGCAGCGUCCGAUCCCGUCCCUCUUCAGAGCGCUGACCGACGGAGACGCGCCCAUCAACAUGAUGGUGGUGUCGUUUCCCGUGGCCGAAGAGCUGUCCUACCAUCAGAACCUGGUGUCCUUCCUGGAGACGAUGGAGGACGCGCAUCACAACGUGUCUCUGCCCGGGAACAGCAUCCACGCCAGCUACGACACGCAAGAUAAGCUGUGUACGGUGGUGUAUUUCGACGACUGCGUGUCCAUCCGUCAGUGUAAGCAGUACUGCGAAUCGAUGGGCGGAUCGAAAUACCGCUGGUUCCACAACGCCUGCUGCGAGUGCAUCGGACCCGAGUGCGUCGACUACGGCAGCAAAGCCGUCAAAUGCAUGAACUGCCUGUACUGACGUCACGUCUUCAUCUGUCCUGGUGUUCAGAGCUGAGGCUCAUGGUUGUGUAUAUAUGUUGUUUUUAUUCUUGCAGAUUCAAACACAUUCCGAUGAGAAACAUGAUCUUGAUAGAGAAUAGAUGCAAAUCUGAGCUUGUGUGAUGUUACUCAUAUUCAGCUUUUAUAAUGAGUCCAGGUCUUUAUUAAGACCGAUUGAUUUCAUAUGGAGUUAAAAAUCAUUAGUUUGUCUGCAGUAAAAUCUCUGCCAGUAAAGAAUAAACUCUCAUGUUUCCAGAA